AUGCUCGGUAACCGCAACGGUAGGUGGGCCCGAAAAAAAAAAGAAGAAGAAGAAGAAGAAGAAGAAGAAGAAGAAGAAGAAGAAGAAGAAGAAGAAGAAGGAGAAGAAGAAGAAGAAGAAGAAGAAGAAGAAGAAGAAGAAGAAGAAGAAGAAGAAGAAGAAGAAGAAGAAGAAGAAGAAGAAGAAGAAGAAGAAGAAGAAGAAGAAGAAGAAGAAGAAGAAGAAAAAAAAACGGUCCUACGGACCUAUUGCUCUGAAUACCAUGUCAUAAAUAGAAGUAGGAAUGAAUGA